AGGCUUCGGCUUCUACGCUGUUGCUAUAGCGGCCAGCCUAUCAGGCGGUGGGAUCCCAGAUCUGUCAACAUCCCUCUCGGCCUGAACGUUCUGGCUCGCCUCUGAUUGGCUCUGCUGGAGUCAGGAUCCUGCCAAGGAUGUCACUCACUGGCUGGGGCAGCUGUCCGUCAAAACCCCUCUCUCUUUCUAUAUAUAGGUAUAGACACACACACAAGCACCGACUGUGGCUUUGCAGACUUGAACUGUCGGAGAUAGCUGCGUGCUGCUGGCGAACCCUGAGCAGCCGCUGUUCUCCCGGGAAGAAGCUCUCGGAAAUGGAGUGGAACUCCCUGCUGAUGCUGCUGGAAGCCGCCAAAUACUUGGAAAGGCGGGAGAGAGAAGCCGAACACGGCUAUGCCUCGGUGCUGCCUUUCGCCAGCAACUGUCCCAGGAGGAAAGCGAAGCUCGGGAAGCCCCAGGGCAACCGGUCUUCACAUAAUGAGCUAGAAAAGCAUAGACGGGCUAAACUCCGGUUAUAUUUAGAAGAGUUAAAACAGCUUGUUCCUUUGGGAGCAGAUAGCACUAGACACACUACACUCAGCUUGCUGAAAAGAGCCAAGAUGCAUAUUAAGAAAUUGGAAGAACAGGACCGAAAAGCUCUAAAUAUUAAAGAACAAUUACAACGAGAACAUAGGUAUCUCAAGCGUAGAUUGGAACACCUCUCCAUGCAGGGCCUGGAACGCAUUCGCACAGAUAGCCUGGGAUCAACAGUAUCAACAGAUUCUGAUCAAGAGGUAGACAUUACAGCUGAAAUGGACAGUAGUGGGAGUACCAGUGAUGCUGAAGACAGUUUUCAAGGCAGCUCUAGCGACAGUGGCUAUACACAUACUCACAGACUAAAUGCCAAACUUCUGUAGCAUUUGAGUGAACUGCUGAACUCAGGACCUUCUGACUGAAGCAUUUACAGUAAAUACAUUUAUUAAUUCAAGUUGCUGACUGCCACUGUCCCAGACAGCCUCUACUACAAUACUCCAAGUGGUGUAAUGUCCAGGAUUCUCUCAAUUAUGAUUAGUAUAUUAAAUUACAAAUCAUGGUUUCUGCAAAGUAAGAUUUUUGGUUUAAAGUACCUUCACAUAGCCAUUUUCCAAACUUUUAAAUGUUGUGGAGAGCCUUUACAAAUAAUGUAAAAGUACUUUUUAAAUGAAGUAAUAACUUUUUCCAUAAACUUCUAAACAUUUAUGAAACAUCUAAUUCUGUCCAGGUCUGAUAGAUAGAGUUUGACUUUUGCUGUUUUGUCUCUUGCAGUACAACUGUUGUAGCUAAAACAGCAUAUGUCUUUCUUUCUGUGCAUUUGGCUUGCUUGUGAUUGUUCUCAGUUUUUUGGAUUCUGGCCAUAGUGAGAAAAGGAAAAUGAUACACCUUUCAAAGUAUAUUAUCAUUUGGGAGAGUGGAGGAACUGGUUAGCAUCAGUUACCAGAAUAGAACUUCUUUCAAGUUUUAAAGACAUAAACUGUAAAAUGUGUAUGUUCUUCAUAGAAAUAUAUUCACUAUUUUUCUGCAAACAGAGAUAAAGCUGCUUAUCACAAUCUAAUGUGCAAUGAUCACCCCAGUUUUCUGUUUUAUGCUAACUAAUUCCACAAAUAGUCAUGCUAGCUUGCAAAUGCAAACAAAAUUUUUAAAAAAAUGCUGUGCUAUCAGAGUAAGAUAUAUUGUGUGACAUGAACCUUAAUGCACAAAGAAAGUCAUAUCCCAUUUGGUGUGCUCAGUACACGUUACUUACUAACGUUUUGUUUUCAGCCUUACCAAACACCUAGCCCUCAUGAAUGAGCCAAAGAUGUCCUUGUGUUAGAAUAAUUUAGAGGGAUCCUAAAGCAUUACAAUUCAGCAAAUUAAAGUUAUGUAUAUAGUUGAUGAAUAUACAGCUGUCUGCUCAUAAUGCAAUUGGUUGUGCAUCUUGGUCCACAUGAGCUACUUAUCCAGUUCAUGCUGGAUUAGCAGCCCAAUCAUCUUUCCCAUCAGUUGGUUUUAAAGUUCAUUGCCCAAACAACUACUCACUAGCCCCUUCAUUUUAACUAGAAACUUGGUCUCUUGUUAACAUGGAGAUUAUGUAUGAAAUACUUCAGUAUUUUUGUUAGAACACUGAGAGCACACCAGACUAACAACUAAAACUUUUUUUAGAAGAAAACAAAAAUGCUUGCUUAUAUUCUACACUUUAUUCUCGUCUAUAGCUGCCAAUACACUGAAAUGGAAGGCACAGCUCUACAUUACAGUACUCACACUAAACCAUAUUGUUUUAUAUGCUAUAGUUGCAAUUACAUUUCCUUAUAAAAUACAGAAAAGUGCUAUAUAAUUAUAUCAUUUAAUUAGUAUUCAUCUAGAUGUUUAAAUUGUAGUUACCCUAAUGUAGCAAUACUGCAAAAGUAUAUUUGAAUACAUUUUAAGCUUAAUGAAGUCAUUAGUAUUUCAAUUUUUUAUAUUUAAAAAUGGACCAAUCUUUACAUUACUACUUCAAUGGUCUUUUUUAAAAAUUUGGGGGAGGGGGGAACCCUAUGUACUGUUUAGACAAGCUAUGUAUUUUCUGUAAAUAUAUUUUCUAUAAAAUAUCAUGUGUUAUAUAUUUUUCCAAACUCUUCUUACUUACUUACAGGGAACAUAUAAACUCAGACCAGAGUCUCAGGUACUCUUCACUUUAUUCAUAUUGUGCCUUGGUGAAUAUUUUAUAUAUUUAUCUCCCCCCCUUUAAAACGUAGGUUCUUCUUCAUGGUCUCUGUAAAGCGCACAAAUGGGUUAUUCUGUGCCGACGCAGCAUUUUCGGAUCCUUCUGGAAUUGCUAGGGAAGACUUUUUGGUGGUAGCUCUGCCCACCCUUCUAUAUAGGCUCAGUGUCUUCUUGCCCUUCAGUUCCUUUUGUCCGCCGCGUGAGCAGCAUAGGAACCUCACUUGGAAAUCACUCCUUCCUUUUACUUUCGAUUUUGACCACAUUUUUGGCUCUAACUUCUCUCUUGGAUAGUGAUUUGGCUUGUUUUGGACUCUGAUUACCGGUAACACUUGGUUUGUUUGACCACUCUCUCAUCUGCUCCUUCAAAUCUCCAUGAUGUCUUCGCACUCUUUAAAAAGUGCACGGAAUGUGGAGGGAAAAUUCCAAGCCAGGACGGACACUCCUUGUGCCCCGUUUGCCUAGGCGAGGGCCAGGUCACCGCGACUUGCCCUCAUUGUGUGGCUUUCACCCCACAAGCUAGGAACAAUAGGGAAAUAUGGCUGUGUUCUAUGCUAUAUGCACAGAUACUUAAGUUUCCCUCUGAAUCUAGGCUUCCUACCAAGGCUCCUGCUGCCAAGGACAAACCCUCGUCUUCUGCCUCCGGGGUUCUUGCCAAAGCUAAUGCUGCUGAGGGCAAACACUUGUCUCCUGUCCCUGGGUCACCAACCCCAGAAAAAUGGAAGGAGACUGAUCACGAUGUGGCUGGCCAGCCGUCAUCUCUGAAACGGAAGAAAUCCUCAGACUCUUCUAAAUCAGACAAGAAGAAACACAAGUCCUCUAACGAGAAGGACAAGGAGGCUUCACGUCCGGAACAGAAGUCCUGUCCUAACCCAGACUCCAAACCUAUCCAGUCUGUUGAUACCGAGUCAGGCUCGCUGCCGUGUGCACAGGCAACCCCUCAGGUUCGUCCAUCUCCGCAAGAUGCCUCUCGGUCCCGUACCGACAUUUUCCGAACUCUAAUGAAACCCUACCAACUUUCCGAUGAUGAACCUCUUGCUUCCUGUGACAUCAGGCUCCUCACUUGGAAGACUACAUUUUUGGUCGCCCUGAUCUCAGCACACCGAGUCAAUGAUAUCUGUGCUUUCCAUGCCAACUCCCCUUAUUUGAAAUUCUUCAAAGACAAGGUCGUUCUUCGACUGGAUAUUUCCUUUCUACCUAAGAUAGGUUCUAUCUUUCAUCUCAAUCAAGACAUCGUUCCUCCAAUGCUGGCCCCGAACCCAACCACUGAGUACUGACUCCACUCCCUUGAUGUCAGGUGGGCUCUGGCCUACUACCUCUACAGGACGUCGUCCUCUCUGCAUGCUCCCAGACUCUUUGUCUGCUACUCACCUCCCAAACUGGGACUCAAGGUCACAUCACAACAUUUUUCUAAAUGGGUGACCUCCACUAUCCAUCUUUCCUAUGAACUGUUUGGGAAGACUCCCCCUGCUCGAAUUCGAGCUCAUUCCACCAAGGUGGUAGCUACAUCCUCUGCUUUCCUGUCCAAAAUCUUAUUGGAGGACAUUUACAAGGCUGCAGUUUGGUCACAACCUUUGACUUUUAUCAAGCACUACAGGCUUGACACCAGACACCAUCGUGAAGCAGCCUUUGGCAGAGCUGUUCUCCUUUCUGGCAUUCACUGAGGUUAGUUGACACUGUUAAUAAUUGACACUCACACUGUCUUUCCUGGUUAAAAUCUUUUAUUGCCAGGAUACUCCCUCUUCCUGGGAUGGAUCAGCUUGUCAGUGUAACCCAUCUGUGUGCUUCGCAGAGAUGACGAAGAAGAAGGACAGGUUGCUUACCUGUAAGUGUAGUUCUUCGAGUGGUCAUCUGCGAAUCCACACAAAUCCCACCCAUCCUCGACACUUUCUUCCUAGGUCUGCUCUUUCGGUGGACUUUUUGAACAGAAGAAGGGCGAGAAGAAGCCGAGCCUAUAUAGACGGUGGGCAGAGCUACCACCAAAAAGUCUUCCCUAGCAAUUCCUAAAGGAUCCGAAAUUGCUGCACAGGCGCAGAAUAACCCAUUUGUGUGGAUGUGCAGAUGACCACUCGAAGAACUACAGUUACAGGUAAGCAACCUGUCCUUUUGCCAUUUCAGAAGCCCCAGUUGGUAUGCUUGAAUGGUAUCACCUUGCCUUAGUUAAAGCACUGACUGUAGUUUUUUCUGUUUCAUUAAUGGCAGAGGAAGUAAUAAUCCCCAAACCCAAUUGAUCAAAAUACGGCAUUAUUACAGAGGUGUUUUCUGCUCUUGGAAUUCCUGAUUCUUGGGGGAUGAACUAAAUGUUACUCCCUGCCUUUUUUGCAGCCACUGAAUUCCACUGGUGAAAAAACACACUCAUUCUCACCCACAUCUCUGCGCCAAAACUCUCCAGGAAACACAGCUCCUCUAAAUCAAUAAACAUUUCCCCCAUAAAUCUAAUUUUACAAUUGAACUUAAUUCUUUCAGCAACAAGCAGUGAUUUUUUUCUGGUUGCCACCGUGCUGUCAUUAUCCCACAGUGACAUCCAUGGGGCUGAACUUGACCACAACCGUGAAAUGGCCUAUACUGAUUUAAAUAGUGGUGUGAAAACAAUUCCAUUCAAAUUAAUGUUUCAGAAAGAGGUGCUUUAUAUAGGUGCGGUACAGAGUGCCAAAAAGAGGCGCCGGGGAGGCGCCUCUCCUUGCUCCACAGCAGUGCCGUAACAACCAAAUUGUGCGGCACUGCCGUACAGCAAGCACCAGCAACAGCGAGAUGAUGUGCCAGUGGCGCAGUGCCGUUUGGACACUGCGCUGCUGGUAUGUUAUCUCUGCGCGCACCAUCUGGAUAGUGCCAUGCAGCUGCGGCGCACCCAUGACGUGCUAGGGUUGCGGGACGUGUGCACGCCCCACCUCCAAGCAACCUUAGCAUGUCAUGGGCGCACCACAAAGUACCGGGCCAUAGAUAAUAGGUCUUUUGUACUUGGAAUGACUUGCAGGAUGAGGACAGUGCCUUGUGAAAUCCAACACUCCAAUUACGUUUUUUAGUAUUGAAAAGAUUAAUAAAUUGCAACAUAUUGACAAGAUGGAAGCCACUAAUCUUUUGCUGUUUUCUGAAUCAGUAUAUAUUUUCCCUUUGUUUCUCAAAGUACAGGAAAUAAGUGCUAAAUAUACUUCUGGCUGCUUAUAGCCCUUAGUUGUUUGUUUCUCAGUAGCCUAGAACUUGCAAACAAGGCCAUGUUUUUGAACGAUCUGUUGUUGUUGUUGUUGUUGUUUGUAGUCAUCUCUCCAUGAGCUGUGGGGAGGUCCAUAAAGUUACAAAUCUUGACAGCUGGUUUUAAAAUUAAUAGUCCUCUCUUGCACUGUUUUGAUACAUUAUACAUGUUGUAUAUUUCAAAAAUCCAUCUUGGAAAAGGUACAUAGCAAUAUAAGCAUUGUGAGCAGCUGAUAAGCAGUAUUUUUUAAUUUCAUAUAUUUUAAUUAGAAAAUCACUUUAGAUGUUUUACUUUUGUACAUUUUAAUGGGUAGAAAUGCCUACUUGUAUUGUUGCUUUCCUUUACAAUAUAAUGAAUUUACUCACGGCUGUAAAAUGUUUUCUUUCAUGAAGAGCAGUUCUUGCACACAACUUUAGAAACAAAAAAACCCUGAGAAUGGGAAAGAGACUUCAUGAUAAAUUUUGUUGACUGUAUGCCACUCUAAUGUUUGCAUUUUUAAAAUGAAUGUAUAUAAUUUGAUGAACUCUUCCAUACUGGUAUCAGUGGCUUUGUAGAUCUUUUAUAUUUUCAAUAAAUCUUUUCAAUAAAGAUUACUCCAAUAUUCUGA